CCGGCAUGAGCGACCCCUGCCGCCCCGCGCCCCGGGCCCAGCCUUUCUGACAAGAGGUGUGAGAAGAUUGCUGUCGCGUUACAAUCAUGGUGCAGAAAUACCAGUCCCCGGUGCGGGUGUACAAACAGCCCUUUGAGCUGAUUAUGGCUGCCUAUGAGAGGAGGUUCCCUACCUGUCCCUUGAUCCCAAUGUUCGUGGACAGCGACACUGUGAAUGAAUUUAAGAGCGAAGACGGAGCCAUUCAUGUCAUUGAGAGACGCUGCAAGCUGGACAUCGACGCCCCCAGGCUGUUGAAGAAGAUUGCAGGAGUUGAUUAUGUUUAUUUUGUCCAGAAAAACUCACUGAACGCUCGGGAACGCACUUUGCACAUUGAGGCCCACAACGAAACGUUCUCGAAUCGCGUCAUCAUUAACGAACACUGCUGCUACACCGUUCACCCUGAAAAUGAAGACUGGACUUGCUUUGAACAGUCUGCGAGUUUAGAUAUCAAGUCUUUCUUUGGGUUUGAAAGUACUGUCGAAAAAAUUGCCAUGAAACAGUAUACCAGCAACAUUAAAAAAGGCAAGGAGAUCAUUGAGUACUACCUGCGGCAGCUGGAGGAGGAAGGCAUCACCUUCGUGCCCCGCUGGACCCCGCCUUCCCUCGCGCCCUGCACGGAGACCGCGGCGAGCGGGAAGCAGGCAGCGGCCGCGGCUGCCACCCCAGACGCCGCCCUCCGGGAGGGGCUGUGCAGCGAGGCCUCCAGCACCCCGGGCGGUGUGCCGGAGCCCGCCGCGGGGACCCCGGACGACAAGCUGGACGCAGACUACAUCAAGAGGUACCUGGGUGACCUGACCCCGCUCCAGGAGAGCUGCCUCAUCCGGCUCCGCCAGUGGCUCCAGGAAACACACAAGGGCAAAAUCCCGAAAGAUGAGCACAUUCUCCGGUUCCUGCGAGCUCGGGACUUUAAUAUUGACAAAGCCAGAGAGAUCCUCUGCCAGUCUUUGACGUGGCGGAAGCAGCACCAGGUGGACUACAUCCUGGACACCUGGACCCCGCCGCAGGUCCUUCAGGACUACUACGCAGGAGGCUGGCAUCACCACGACAAAGAUGGGCGGCCGCUGUACGUGCUUAGGCUGGGCCAGAUGGACACCAAAGGGCUGGUGAGAGCCCUCGGAGAGGAGGCCCUGCUGAGAUACGUGCUCUCCAUCAACGAGGAGGGGCUGAGGCGCUGUGAGGAGAACACCAAGGUCUUUGGCCGGCCGAUCAGCUCCUGGACCUGCCUGGUGGACCUGGAAGGGCUGAACAUGCGCCACCUGUGGAGGCCGGGGGUCAAGGCCCUGCUGCGGAUCAUCGAGGUGGUGGAGGCCAACUACCCCGAGACGCUGGGCCGGCUGCUCAUUCUCCGCGCGCCCAGGGUCUUCCCUGUCCUCUGGACGCUGGUCAGUCCGUUUAUCGAUGACAACACCAGGAGGAAGUUCCUCAUUUACGCAGGGAACGACUACCAGGGCCCCGGAGGCCUCCCGGACUACAUCGACCAGGAGAUCAUCCCCGACUUCCUGAGCGGCGAGUGCAUGUGUGAGGUGCCGGAGGGCGGACUGGUCCCCAAGUCUCUGUACCGGACAGCGGAGGAGCUGGAGAACGAGGACCUGAAGCUGUGGACCGAGACCAUCUACCAGUCCGCGAGCGUCUUCAAGGGCGCCCCGCACGAGAUCCUCAUCCAGAUCGUGGACGCCUCUUCCGUGAUCACGUGGGACUUCGACGUGUGCAAAGGGGACGUCGUCUUCAACAUCUAUCACUCCAAGAGGUCACCACAGCCCCCCAAGAAGGACUCCCUGGGGGCCCACAGCAUCACUGGGCCAGGCGGCAACAACGUGCAGCUCAUAGACAGGGUGUGGCAGCUGGGCCGGGACUACAGCAUGGUGGAGUCGCCCCUGGUGUGCAGAGAAGGAGAGAGCGUGCAGGGUUCACACGUGACCCGCUGGCCGGGCUUCUACAUCCUGCAGUGGAAGUUCCACAGCAUGCCGGCCUGCGCCACCACCAGCCUGCCCCGCGUGGACGACGUGCUGGCCUCCCUGCAGGUGUCCUCCCACAAGUGCAAGGUCAUGUACUACACGGAAGUGAUCGGCUCCGAGGACUUCAGAGGCUCCAUGACCAGCCUGGAGUCCAGUCACAGCGGCUUCUCGCAGCUGAGCGCCACCACCACCUCCUCCAGCCAGUCGCACUCCAGCUCCCUGAUUUCCAGCCAGCUCCACCUCCUCCAUCAGUGCACGAAUUCCUCUGACCCCUUCAGAGACGCGCCCUCCUCCUCCCGCGGAGCGCCGGCCGCCAGCUCGGGCCCCCACACCGCAGCGUGCUCCUCGCGUCUCCGUGGAUGCCGGCACAGCCCUGGAGGGGCCCUCUCCUCCCGGGCCCCGGGCAGCCUGCCGGAGUGCGCCGGGUGGCGCGCCGGAGCGGGCGCAGAUGGCUCGGGCGGGGCUCCGGACACUCCCCAGGGCGCCCGGAAAGCAGCGCAGGUCAUUAAACGCCACUUGCUCGUUCCUCUCGCCGCGCUCUCUGGCGUUUUGUUCAGAGCCUGCACGUGGGCGGGGCAUCCUCCCGUCUCCCUGCGGUGCGGGGGGGUGGGGGAGGCUCCGUCUGUGGAGAGCGCAUCCCCCGGGCCCAGGCCGCUCUUCCCCUCGUGGGCAGGCUGUGCCGGGUGCCCAGGAGUUCACGGCGGCCGCUUGGGAGCCCGCCGCAGGCCCGUGGUGCCGCUGCAGACGGCCCGGGGCUGCUGGGCCCUGCUUGUUUGUGCCUGGAACGUGGGCCGGGGGGGGGGUGCGUGCACGUAUGUGCAGUGUGCACGGCUGUGUGGUGCUCACGGCGUGGGGCGAGCGGAGGGUUCUGCACAGGGGCACGUCGGUUUGCCUGUGCGUUCCUUUCCAGCGGGAACCGCGGCCUGCCCCGUCUCGUCAGGCUCCUGCUUUUGGCUUUCUAUGGGAGAAGCAUGUUUGUGGGUCUGUGCAGACGACAUGUAGCGUUAGCCUCUGAUAGACACUGGUGUGUGUGUGUGUGUGUGUGUGUGUGGCCGUGCGGGGCGUGGCGGCCCCCCCUCUGAAGGCGUUAGGUGGGCACAUGUGGCUGGAGAGCUGUGUGCAGGCCGUGCGCACCCUGCGGGGCAGGGUGGGGAGGGCCUGGGGGCGCCCCGAAGCCAUCGUGGGCUGCUGGGGUGGCCGGCCCGGCCCCCGCUGUGUGCUGCCGUGUCCAACGCUGUAGGGGCAGUUAGGGCCCUGUGUGGCUCUGGUCCGUGCUUCCUGUCUCCAACUGUAAGGACCUGAAGAGGGUCCCUUCUCCCUCUCUCUCCCUCCUCUCCCUCUCUCUCCCCCUCCCCCUCCCUCUCUCUCCUCCUCCCUGUCUCCCCUCUCUCUCCUCCUCCCUGUCUCCCCUCCCCCUCCCCUCCCUC